AUGGAGGAAGCCGAUGGUUUAAGCUUCGAUUUCAAGGGCGGUCUUGAUUCCGCUCCCGUCCACCCCACAGCUUCAGUCCCGGUUGCUGCUCCCAAAAACUCAUCCUCCGCCGCUGUUAACCUGACACCAAACUACGAUCACUCCUCCGCGACGUACGACAAGGCUCGUAUGCCAAUCUGCCAGUUCUUCCGGUUACACGGUGAAUGUAGAGAGCAAGAUUGUGUCUAUAAACAUACCAAUGAAGGUAUCAAAGAGUGCAACAUGUACAAGCUGGGGUUUUGUCCGAAUGGUCCUGACUGUCGGUACAGGCAUGCGAAGCCACCUGGACCUCCACCUCCAGUUGAGGAAGUUCUUCAGAAGAUACAGCAACUGACUUCUUACAAUCAUGGGACUAAUAGGGUGCAAGUUCAGACGCAGGGACAGCCACAAGAGUCAGGUAACUUACAGCAACCACAACAUCAGGUCAGCCAGACUCAGACACAAAACCCUGCUGAACAAACAUCAUACGCUCACCCUUUGCCUCGAGGGGUAAAUAGGUAUUUUGUAGUAAAAAGUUGCAAGUUAGAAAAUUUCGAGUUAUCUGUGCAACGAGGAGUAUGGGCUACACAAAGAAGCAAUGAAGCGAAACUUAAUGAGGCUUUUGACUCUGUGGCAAAUGUGAUCUUGAUAUUCUCUGUCAACUGGACACGGCAUUUCCAGGGCUGUGCUAAGAUGACAUCCAGAAUUGGUGGUUACAUUGGUAGAGAAAACUGGAAGCAUGAGCAUGAAACUGCACAGUUUGGCCGGAACUUUUCAGUUAAAUGGUUAAAGUUGUGCGAACUGUCCUUCCACAAAACUCGGAACUUGAGGAAUCCUUAUAAUGAAAACUUACCUGUCAAGAUAAGCAGAGAUUGUCAGGAGUUGGUCCUUUUACACCACCGAUCUCAAUGUAUGAACUUAAAUUCGGUGAUGUUGAAGAUUUCUUUUUGA